UAUUAACUUUUGCAGCAGACCGUUUGUUUAUAGCGUAUUUGUUUAGUCUUUUAAAGGAAGUGAUUCGACAGAGGCAAACGCGCCAAAAUGGCGGAAAUACUACACAUGCCACAUUCUCGCGGUCACACAGGUUCUGCAGGUCUUCUAGGAAUUGGAACGGCUCCGGAUCCGGUUGCAAACUAUCCAGAUUCAAUAUCCGAUGAUUUUGUGUCUCCACCGACGACAAUGAGUGCAUAUGGGCAUUAUGCAUCUACUCCAACGUACGUAGGCAACGACAACGAUAGCAUGACUACUCAACAGGAGUCCUUGAGUCCAAAAUCAAGCGACAGCAGCACUGGUGUACGUCCAAGAUCGGCUGCCACCACACCACCAACGCAGCCACCAAGUUUCGCGCCGAGAGAACCCGCAUUCGACAGCGACCGUAGCCAGCUCUAUUCUACGUCGACCUAUCCGCAGUCAACUUAUCCAACGACAAUACAAAACAUGUACCAAACUAGUUCACCCUGGUUGUCCUACUCAACUCCAGGAAUGGGUGGCACAACCUACCAACACCAAUAUCCAUAUUUCGACAUGCAUCAAUCAGCGCGUCUAUCGGUUGAUCAUUGUUCACAGCUGAUACCUGGCUAUGGUUCGGUUACUGGUUCGCGGACUGGACGAGGUCGCACACAUCGGCGUCAAUCUACCGGUGUUUUAAAGGUAAAUUCACUGGACAACGGAAAAGGAACGAAGCCGGAUGAAUCUCGUAUCCGAAGACCUAUGAAUGCUUUCAUGUGCUGGGCAAAGACAGAAAGAAAAAGAAUGGCAGAACAGAAUCCAGAUCUACACAACGCAGAGUUGAGCAAAAUGUUGGGCAAAAAAUGGCGCGAGAUGUCAGUCGAAGAGAAAAGUCCCUACGUCGGAGAAGCUGAGAAAUUGAGACUUAAACAUAUGGAGGAACAUCCUGACUAUAAAUACAGACCAAGAAGACGAAAGGAACAGAAGGCCAAGAAAGGAAAAGAGGAUUCAGUCCUAGAUAAACAGCUGGAUGCAAACGGAAUUCCAGUAGAAAGUACUAUGACACUGGAAAGAAUGGGCGAAAAGAAAUCUUUGGGGGGAAUUGUGCAGCCUGGUCUCGGAGGUCUGUCGACUAAAAGUUAUGAGUAUACAGAUACGAUGCCAACCUUUUUUCCCUCGACUACCCUAGCUGGAAAUAAACGAAGUAGUACAAACAACAACAACAGACAUGAUUCGAAAAUGAUCAAAACUGAGAAUGGCGUUUCUUAUAGCAGUGAUACCCUGUUUUCGACAAAAUUUGGGUCGAAGAUAUUAGGUAACAAAUACAAUGGAUUGGGAAAAGACACCCUGACUGGAUCUACAGAAUUGAGCUCGCAUCUGGAUGGAUUGUCUUCGUUCAGGCGGAGGAAAUCUACCAGGUUUCCUAACGUUGGAAUAGGUGGAGCCAAUACUUACGAUACCAGUCCCAUCAAUUCAGCCGGUGUCGGAUAUUCGCAUUAUGGAUUGAACUAUCAGACCGAUUUUUCGGGCACGCCAGAUUGCUCGUACGGGAAAGGACUUUCUAGCCUUCCAUUGGCAUCUUCAAGCACGUAUCAUCCGUUCCAUGAUUACAUUAUGACGUCAUCAUCUCCGAAUACUAUUCCAUCAGCUUAUCAAUCGUCAAAUUAUUACAACUCAAAACUUUCAAAUUCGUAUUUAAACAACGGAUCAUCCGCUUACUAUUCAACGUUAACAACACCUUCAGCGGAAAGUUAUUAUGCACGUACAAGUGAUUAUGCGUACGGUAUACAAAAUGGCGGACUACCAAGCCCUACUAUGUCUCCACCGUUUGACAUGACAAGCUACAACCAAUCAGAAGCGUACAGAAAUUCUUCUAUUGAAACGACUUCCCUUAGUGCUGUCGGUUCCGGGUUACAGUAUAGAUCAGGCAGUGGUAGCUUCUCUGAUAGCACGCAUUCACCGCAUUAUGAUGAUUUGAGAAACCCAUUUCGCAACGCACCUUUUCAAAAACGUGACGACCAAACAUCAAGUUCAACCAGCCAUUUAAAUUCAGUCGUUUCACCAAAUGCAGGAUCAAGUUUUUGCAUUGGGAAUUCAAACCUUCUAUUAAAAAAUUCUAAUUUUUAUCAAACUGGAGGCAAAAAUAACAGUACCGGAUACACCGGAUUCAUGGACAGCACCAUAACGAACGUUCCUACCAGCGUGCCCCCGACUCCGGAUUCUUUACCACAACAUUCACCCACCGGAUAUCAAACCGAUUGGAAACAAAGAUCUUCCGAUGGAGUAUUUACUCUCAGUGAUGCACCACCACCGCUUAAUUCUACAACAGAUACCUUUUCUGCAACGAAGGAAUCCAAUUAUGAUCGUAUGCAACAAAAUAGCCUACAAUUUUUCUCAAAAGGCAAGGGAACAGAAGCCCAACCGCCUCCAUUAGUUUCAGCAGACAAUUCAUCUUUUUACCAUCAAACGAAUGGUGUUGCAAACGGAGUUCCAAGCGUGCCGAAUGCGUUUGCCAGUCAAAUUCAGAGUUUCGUAGACUACACUGGAUCGACUGAUCAGCAACAGGACACGUACUCAUCCUCGUAUGCACCAUAAUAUAAACAUGUUAACGAUUCUUUGGGACUCAAUAGUGCAAUGUUCUUACGCAACUAGUUGACAAGUUCAUACAUGCAAAUUCAAUAAUUCAGCUUCUGAAAUGGCUUAUUUUUAAGAGCUAAAUAAACUCGACAUUUUUUCAGUUUGUGGCUGAAAUAAAAAAAAAAUAAUGUCGACAAUAUGUUUUUUAUUAAGCAAAAAAAUAUUUAUUCAAGACUUAUUUUCAGAAAUUCUUUAUUCUUUUUUUUAAUUUUAUUUUUUGAAAUGUCAGCUGUUUAUUUUUAUCACAUUGCCAUAUUGUCAACAUGGGACAAAAUUGUAACAGCAAUUUCACAAGGGUUGUUGAACUAGUUUUAUAAGUUCAUAAAGGUUUUUGAUAAUACAAAUAAUAUAGAACUGUAAUAACUAUAAUCUUCACAGAGGUGACUAGUAUCAUAGUAAAUGAACUCUGAAUAAUAGUGGCUUUACAAUUUUUUUCAAAUUUGACAACAAUGUCCGUAACUUAGUCCGCUAAUCUGAAUACCUGAUGAUUGCAGGAUCGCACUGAAUAUUUUUUCGAAUCGAAUCUUGACUACUUGAACGAUAUGUAAUUGUAUGCGACUUUUUUAUUGUGAUGUGUUCCAGACACGUAAAUUACUGAAUACAUAGAAUCCACUACCUAGACUAUUCACUGUGUGUUCACACACAAAGAAGAACAUGGUUUAUUAAUAACUCAAUCGGACGAAAAUAUCCAUUUGUUAAAAUUACUUUUGCAAAAAUAGCUUCAAUAAAAACCCGAGGGAUUCACUGCGGACCUUUGGCUGACAAAAAAAAAAGAUGGCGGCGAUUCGAAAUUUUCGUCUGAACUGAUUCGAAUAAUUUACUAUUUGAUUCGAAAUACCCAGCCGUAAUUAUGACAUGCAAUCUUAUAAAAUAUUCAGUCUUAACGGUAACACAAUAUGAAAUGUUCUUAUUCAUAUGUGUGUACUUUUGCCCCUUUCAAUGAAGACCCCGCACAACGCAACACUGAUGAAUUUCACGUUAGCCGUAAUUGAUCAUAUAUUCAAACAGCAAGCACUAUACAAACAAGUUUUUAAAAGUGAUUUUCAUCCGUAGCAGUUCAAUGCACGGAGUUACUGCUAAUUUUUAUCCCACUGUUUGUCUGUGCUUUAUACCAGUUCUCGUACGUUUUUUAAUACAUGUUUCUGUUUUCCGUUUUUUUGUUUUGUUCAUUUUUAAGUGCAAAUGCAUUGUUAUUCGCUAUAUUCGAGAAAACACGAGAUUACGUCGUAGAAUAGAUUUUAUCAUUUUUUUUAAUUAUUUGCAUCAUUCUGUUUUAAUUUUUUCAUGUUUUCGCGUUCACUGCCGAAAUGACCAUUAUUGGGCCAAAGUCAACAUUAUUAUUCUUUUUGUAUUCAAACCAAUCAUACAUACAAUAUUACGAACUAUUUCUUUCAAAAAAUGUGAAAAACAUACUCGAAAAUAUAAAUUUCACGUAUUUUCAAGCAUAUUUUACAUAUUUUUUAAUGAAAAUAUCGAAGUGCCAUUUUGCAAGUACUGAAAUUUUCAUCGUUUUGCAGCAUCAAAAUAUCGCUUUUUCGUUAAAGUAAAUGUGUAAUCAACAUCAUCUUUUAUUCUGCCAGCACAAAAAAUGUCUGAAUUAAAUAAAAAUGAAAUUCAAGACCAAAUUGGUGCUUAUUUGAAGAAAGUUAGAAGUCAUAACGCAACCCUGAAUUUGUUUAAAAAAAAUAAUCUAUUUUCCACCAAAAUUUUUUUUGGGUAAUACAAUUUUGAUUCAAUGUUCUUUUGCCAUUUGAUUUCUUUUUUCUCUUCUUAAAUGCAUAUUUUAGCAGAAAUGAAUUUGACUUUGCAUCUUGCUAAUAAAUUUAUGCUUAGAAAUUCGUCAUAUUGUUGUUCUAUCAGAAUAUCAGGAAAACUGGAAAUUUUACAGCAAUAAAGCUACA